AUGCUUUUGGACUUAUCUAAGAACGGGCUAAGUGAUGUCAUUCCUACAAAUCUGGGGAGAUGCUCUGAGCUGUUAAUUUUGAAUUUGGCUAAAAAUUAUUUGGAAGGUGACAUUCCAGAAGAGCUAGGAACUCCGACUCAACUUCAGACACUAAAUCCCAAUGGAAACAAAUUGCAAGGUAUGAUUACCCCUUCUAUUGGAAGUUGUGCAAAAUUCAAAGUAUUCGACAUAGGAAAUAACAGAAUUCAGGGAAGCAUCCCAGUUUGGAUUGGAGAUCUGGCAGAGUUACGAAUUCUCAGCUUGGCUUUUAAUAACUUUCAAGGUACUUUUCUGUCGGAAUUGCUUAGGUUUGGGAAUCUUCAGGUUCUUAAUUUAUCUCAUAAUAAUUUAUCUGGACAUGUUCCUCAGAGUUUGGGAUCAGUCACAAAGUGA